CAGUGGCGGGCCGAGCGGGGGCGGCGGCGGCCCAGCCAUGUUGGACUUUGCCAUCUUCGCCGUGACUUUCCUGCUGCUGCUGGUGGGAGCCGUGCUCUACCUCUGCCCGGCUUCUAGACAAGCUUCAGGUAUCCCAGGGAUGACUCCAACUGAAGAAAAGGAUGGAAAUCUUCCAGAUAUUGUGACUAAGGGCAGCUUACAUGAGUUCCUAGUUAACUUGCACGAGAGAUAUGGGCCUGUGGUCUCCUUCUGGUUUGGCAGGCGUUUGGUGGUUAGUUUGGGAACGGUUGACCUACUGAAGCAGCAUAUCAAUCCCAACAGGACAUCCGAUCCGUUCGAAACGAUGCUGAAGUCAUUACUGAGGUAUCAGUCCGGUCUCGGAGGAGAUGCAGGCGAGAGCCACAUAAGGAAGAAACUUUAUGAAAAUGGAGUGAGCAAGUCUCUUCAGAGUAAUUUUGCUGUCCUGAUAAAGCUUUCAGAAGAGUUAUUAGCAAAAUGGCUCUCUUGUCCAGAAUCUCAGCACGUGCCCCUCUGCCAACAUAUGCUGGGCUAUGCUGUCAAGUCCGUCACGCAAGUAGCGAUGGGCAGUAGUUUUGAAGAUGAUCAGGAAGUCAUUCGUUUCCGCAAGAAUCAUGACGUGAUUUGGUCUGAAAUUGGAAAGGGUUUCUUGGAUGGAUCACUUGACAAAAGUGCUACCCGAAAAAAGCAGUAUGAAGAGGCCGUAAUGGAUAUGGAAUCCGUUUUAAAGAAAGUCAUAAAAGAUCGAAGAGGAAGAAACUUCAACCAGCACGUCUUCAUAGACUCCUUAUUACAAGGGAACUUAAAUGACAAGCAGGUCCUAGAAGACAGUAUGAUUUUCUCCCUGGCAGGAUGUGUAAUAACUGCCAACCUAUGCACCUGGGCGAUUUAUUUCCUGACCACAUCAGAAGAUGUUCAAAAGAAACUGUUCAAGGAGGUGGACCAAGUUCUCGGGAAAGGCUCAAUUACCCAGGAGAAAAUUGAGCAGCUCAGAUAUUGCCGGCAGGUUUUGAGUGAAACGGUGAGGACAGCGAAACUAACACCCAUUGCUGCGAAGCUCCAGGACCUAGAGGGAAAGAUUGACCACCAUGUUAUCCCUAGAAAGACCCUUGUUCUUUAUGCUCUCGGUGUCAUGCUUCAGGAUCACUCAGCUUGGCCAUCCCCCUACAAGUUUGAUCCAGACCGAUUUGUUGAUGAAUCUGCUGAGAAAAAUCUCUCCGUUUUGGGAUUUUCAGGAACUCAGGAGUGUCCUGAGCUGAGGUUUGCGUACGUGGUGGCUACUAUUCUCCUCAGUGUGCUGGUGAGGAAACUGAACCUGCAUCCUGUGGAAGGACAAGUAGUCGAGACAAAAUAUGAGCUGGUGACCUCACCGAAGGAAGAGGCUUGGAUCACAGUGUCUAAGAGAAGCUAAAAAUGGACGUCGAAGCACAGUGGAAAGUGCCUUAGCCUUUUGGCAGCAAAAAACAUUUCAAUACUUCAUUCCGAACUGAUUCACAGAACCUGUUUAGGAGAGGUUCAGUGUCCAGAUUUUAUUCUUUGCACAUUGUUAACCCAGUGUCUUUUUCAUACUCACGUUUCUUUACUAAAGCGGAUUUAUACUGAU